AUGUCAGACGAACCACCAAAGCCAACGGAAACAGAGCAAUUCGCUCGAAUGUUUGCCGAGUUUAUGCGUGUGAGUAUCGCACAAAACCAGAGCCAAAUCACAAAUCCCAUAGCUCCAGAUCCAACACCAUACAGAAUCGAUUCAUCGCCAUUAGUUAUUGCAGAGAAACUAAAUGGCGACAACUAUCCCCAAUGGUCUAUCCUUAUGAAAGCAGCGAUUGGCGGAAGGGGGGAUGAUGUCUCACAUCACUGGAGUCCCACCCCCCCGGCGAAAACCGAUCCAACUUUCGGAAGGUGGCAACAAGCUGACCAUUGUGUAUUCACAUGGCUAACCCAGAAUGUAGAACCAAGGCUAGUGAGUCGGUUGACUCAAUACCCAACAGCCAGGGACAUCUGGGUGAGCAUCGAAGUCACAUAUGCCAGUGGGAGUGACAAGAUCCAAGUAUAUGACCUGUAUGCAAAGGCAAUCACGUUAAAGCAAAAGGAUGAACCACUGGAGGAGAUUUGGACCAAACUCAACGAUUUAUGGAUCUCCAUAGAUCGGAGGCAUCCAAAUCUGAUGAAAUACGCAAAAGACAUAAAUAUAUACCACACAGAGAAACAAGAGCAGAGACUAUUCCAGCUAUUAGUUGCCCUAAAUAGCAAAUAUGAAAGCAUCAAGAAGGAAAUCCUGAGAACAGAGCCACUUCCCUCAGCCGAAGCGGCGUACGCCAUUCUCCGGAGAGAAGAUGUUCGAUCGAGUGUGCUCCAGACGGAGGACUCCGGGACACAAGGGAUCGGAGCAGGCCUGGCCGUGACCAAUCAAUGGCAGCAUCGAAGCCAUCCUCAACGAAGCGGCGGCGGAAUUGGCGGUGGGUGGAAUAAACGGACCGAAGAAGACAAAUCGAGGCUUAUAUGCUCUCAUUGUGGAAAGAAGAAGCACAGCCGUGAGACUUGCUUCGAGAUUCACGGUUACCCGGAGUGGUGGCAGGAGAGGAAGACCAAACCACCGCCAGCCCCGUCGAAAGGAAAUGGCCGAGCAGCAGCGGCGAUAGGCGGAGGAGAACCGGUCGCCGCCAUCGGGAGCAACGUGGGAGCCGCUAACCACCGAGGCGGCUACCUGGAAACUGGAGGUGCAACAACCGGAGUCGCAACCUUCGCCAGAGGAGGAGACGGAGCAAUUCCGUCGAGUGAAAAUAAGGAGACGGCAGGUACAUUAGGGUUUGAGGAUGAGAAAUUGCCCUCAAACCCUUCCUUUUUCAAACUCUCUAAAAAGGACCCCCCAUAUCCCGACAAAUUGCAUAAUAGACCCCGAAAGUUGCAAACCAACCCUAAAGAGCCCAGAAAUUGCAGAAUAGCCACCCCACUUCAGAAAUUCCCGAAAAAACCCCCGAUAGUUGCUGAAAAUUCCGAAACAGCCCCUAUACUCUGUAAAAAUCAGUUUCAGAUACUUGACAAUUUACCUGAAUCUUAUGCCUUGAAUGUUUCCUCUGAAAAGAAAAAUGAUAAGUGGAUUUUUGACUGCGGAGCCACUGACACUAUUACCUAUGAUAUCUCUGAUAUAUCUAAUAUGCAUAGGGCACCAAAAAGUCAUAUCCAAACGGCCAGUGGCGAGUUUACACCUGUUGAAGGAGCAGGAACAGUCACAGUUUCAUCCGCCUUGACGUUAUCUAAUUGUUUAUAUGUUCCGUCAAUGUCGCAUAAACUGUUGUCAAUCAGUCAUGUAACAAAAGAAUUAAAUUGUACUUUACUGAUGCAACCGACCUUCUGUCUGUUACAGGAUAUCAGGACAGGGGAAAUUAUUGGACGUGGCACUGAACGGGACGGGCUGUAUUACGUGGAUGAAAUCACACAACGAGGAACUGCUUUACUAACUCACGGGACUACUGAUAGAGAGGCCUGGCUCUGGCAUCGACGCUUGGGACAUCCUUCUACAGGUUAUUUAAAAAUCCUCUUUCCUAAAUUUAGUCAAGAUAUGUAUUGUGAAACCUGUGCAUUGGCCAAGAGCCAUAGACAUUCAUAUAUAUCAAAUAAUACCCGUGUUGAUUCCCUAUUUGCACUAGUUCAUUCUGAUGUGUGA